CCCGCAGCUUCCACGAAUCCCCCGUCCGAUUCAACAGGCAAAACCCCCCUCACGCUCACGCGAUGGGAGUCGCCGCCUCCGCCGCCGCUCCUCCCCCGGAGGCCGCCGCGCCCGCCGGUCCACCGGCCAAAGAAGAUAUCGAGCAUGGCUCCGCCGCGUCCGCGGCAGAUGCGCCCCCGGAGGCCACCGCGCCCGCCGAUUCACCGGCAAAGGAAGAGGCCCAGUCCGCCGCCGCCGCCGCCUCUCCCGGCGGCGAGGCGGGCGCGGCGGGGGAGACGGUGGUCCUGGACGCCUCGGCGGAAGGCGGCGAGGAGGAGGAGGAAGGGGAGUGCGGAUUUUGCCUGUUCAUGAAGGGCGGCGGGUGCAAGGAGGAGUUCGUGGGGUGGGAGAAGUGCGUGGAGCAGGCGGAGGCGGAAGGCGGCGACGUCGUCGAGCGCUGCCACGACGCCACCGCCGCGCUGCGCAGGUGCAUGGACAAGUUCCCGGACUACUACGAGCCCAUCCUCCGCGCCGAGCGCGCCAUGGCCGAGGAUCUCGAGGCCUUCAAGGCCAGCGAAGCCUCCGAGCCCUCCCCUGCCUCGCCGCCGCCCCCGGCGGCGGAGGAGGAACAGGGCGACAAUAAGAAGCAGGCGGAGCCGGUGGUGGUGAAGGAGAAGGAGGAUCUUGCGGCCUGAUCCCGCCGCCUAGGCGUGGGAUCUUGUGAUUUUUUGGUGAGAUUUGAGGCAUCCUAGAUGUGAAUUAUUUUGUUUUACCUGGGGCGUGAUCUGCAAGAUGGGAGAGGGUGGCCUCUCCAAGAAAAAUUCGAUUCUUUUGGUGGGAAUUAUACACUGUUCACGAGCUCUAGCUCGUGAACUAAUAUGGAGAAGUGAUCUUGUGCUGUAAUAAUAAUCCAAUGCAUCGAUACUGAUUUGACACGAUUA